AUGGCCGACCGUGGCGUCCCCGCUGAAGUGUCCGGCCCUCGGGGUUCUCCGCAGCAGGAAGCCCGGCACCCGCGUGCAGCCGGGCCGGGCAGCGGUGAGACCCCACGCACGGCGGCGCUGGCGCUGCGUUUUGACAAGCCCAUCAAGCAGGCCUUCUACAACACGGGGGCCGUGCUGUUCGUGUGCCUGUGCUGCGGCGCGGCGGUGCUCGUGUACUUCAUCCUCGAGGCCUUCCUGCGGCCCCUGCUCUGGGCGGUGCUGUGCGGCACCUUCCUGCACCCCUUCAAGAGCUCGCUGACGCGCCUGGGCCGCCACUGGCUGCAGCGCCUGCACCGCGCGCACACGCCCAUCGUGCUGGCCGCGCUGCUGCUGCCGCUCUGCUUCGCCGACUACGGCGUGGAGGCCCUGGGCGAGCAGGUGCUGCGCCGCCGCCGCCUGCUGCUGCUGCUGGGCGCGGGCGGCCCGCUGCUCUACGGCCUCUACUGCCUCGGCAGCUACCUGGGCGUGCAGGUGCUGCUGGCGCACGCGGGCGCGCUCAUCUGCCGGGGGCUGGACUAUUUCAGCAGCCUGUGGAUCUGGACUUUGGUAGUUGGCUAUGUGUUGACCGUUUCAUUCAAGUGGAAUGCCAGCACUGAACGCUAUCUGAGAGCAGUUUCAAUUCCUGUCUGGAUUAUCUUGCUUUUUCAUUUAGCAUCAUUGGCUGGCUCAUGGAGAAUUCCAGUAUUCCUGGUUAUUGUUUUCUUGAUGUCUGUGGGCACCCUCUAUGAAAAGCAGAAUGGGAAAGAGUCUGCUGGGGCAGAAUUACCAGGGCAAGUUAUCUCCAUGGCAGCUUCUACUCUGGCAAAUCUGGCCAUCUCUAUCACAGGGUAUGAGUCAAGCAGUGAAGAUCAACCCUCCACUCUGCCUGCAGAAUCUAUGGACAAGGAAGGCGAACCUCCUCCAACAUUGUCUGCUGCUGCUCCUCCUCCUCCUUCUUCUUCUUCUUCUUCCCCUUCUUCCCCUUCUUGUCCUUCCUCCCCUUCACCCACUCUGGGCAGACAAAGGCCUGAGAUUGGAACCUUUCUCAGAAAGAAGAAAACUAGUGACAUUUACUUUGUGUCUCUUGGCUGGGCCAUCAUAGUUGUCCAGCUCUGGCUGAACUUGUGGAUUGUGCAGUUGCUGCCAGUGCCCAUUGCAGUCUGGAUAAUCAAAAAGCUUGUCAUUCACUUUGGAGUUGUGGACUUCCUGGAGAAACGGUGCCGGGUAUGGUGGCAGGUUGUUGAAGGCUUCCUGAAGGAGCGGCAGGAGGCUUUAGCCCCAUGGCCAAUUAUUGGGCUUGGAAAAUUCCUGUUAAAAGUUGAUAGCAAGAUGAUCAUCUGGUUGGAGAAGAUGUUAGAUAAAAUAAUUAGCAUUUUUAUCAUAUUUUUGCUAGUAAUAGGAACACUUCUUUUAGCCCUUCUCCUGACUGCAAAGCUGCAUAAAAUUUUAGGAGAUAAGAUGAAUAAUACUGCUGUAAUUGAGAAGCAAGUACUAGAACUCUGGGAUAGACUAUAUCAUUCUUGGUUUGUAAAGAAUGUAACACAUUCUGGAAGGCAUAAAGGGCACAAGAUGCAUAUAAGUCGUCAGAACAGCUGGCUGGGAGACAUUCUGGACUGGCAGGAUAUUGCCUCUUUUGUUCACGAGAACAUUGAGACAUUUCUUUCGAUAUUAUCUUUUGGCUUCCAAAUAUGGAAGAUGAAGAUCUUGGAGUCCUUGUGGAUUGUUAUGAGCCGGAAUGUGAGCCUGCUAUUUACUACAGUUACCACGCUGCUGACUAUCCUCUUCUAUAGUGGCACUGCCCUUCUUAAUUUUGUACUCUCCCUGAUAAUUUUCCUGACCACACUGUUUUAUCUAUUAAGUUCCAGUGAUGAGUACUACAAGCCAGUGAAGUGGGUGAUAAGCCUGACACCACUAUCUCAGCCAGGUCCUUCCUCUAAUAUUAUUGGCCAGUCUGUGGAAGAAGCCAUCAGAGGGGUGUUUGAUGCUUCCCUCAAAAUGGCGGGCUUCUAUGGAUUGUACACCUGGCUGACUCAUACUAUAUUUGGCAUCAACAUUGUCUUCAUUCCAUCAGCUUUGGCUGCAAUUCUUGGAGCUGUGCCAUUUCUGGGAACGUACUGGGCGGCGAUUCCUGCAGUUUUAGACUUGUGGCUCACCCAGGGUUUAGGCUGCAAGGCCAUCUUGCUGUUGGUUUUUCAUCUCUUGCCAACAUACUUUGUAGAUACUGCAAUCUAUUCUGAUAUAUCAGGAGGUGGCCAUCCUUACCUGACAGGCUUGGCAGUGGCUGGAGGAGCAUACUACCUAGGCCUGGAGGGAGCCAUCAUUGGGCCUAUACUUCUCUGCAUACUAGUAGUUGCUUCCAAUAUCUACAGUGCCAUGCUAGUUAGUCCUACAAAUUCAGUGCCCACACCAAACCAGACUCCGUGGUCUGCUCAGACUCAGCGGAUAAGAAGACAUGAUAUGAGAAUAUUUACUUUUCUCCUACUGAAAACUCUUAAAAAAGCUGAGGGCAACCUGAAAGCAGCAAGAGUCUAUCCUAUACCCUCUUCCACGAGGGCUCCUCUCCUAAGUAAUGCUUCCCUUUGUUCUCUUUCACACUUGAUAGCACUGAAGGUGACAACUGGAAUGGGAUCCUGGAGAAACUCAUCUUUUCUUUCUGAGUUAUUAGUAACUCAUUGCUGGUUUUUAGAAAGGUUACCUUAAUUAACUGAAUACAUUUCACAA